AUGAGUUAGAGGAAAUUAUUCAGAUACUACAUCGAUCAAAGCAUUCAAUAGUAAAAUGAAUAGAAACUGUUUCUGACAAGAGUCAAUAGAUGGAGAUUCAACACUUUGGACAAAUCGAAUUUCUUGAAAUCCACUAGACCCAUCAAACCCAUACUAUUUGGUUUAGCUUGUUUGGCAGUUUAUGGUACUUUACAUCUCUAUAAGUAGAUUGGACAUACGGCUUUUAUCGUAUUGAUGAACAUCAUUGAUUUAUUAUUAACAAUAAAUAUAUAAUUAUAACAACAUGUCUAAUCAUGUCAAUCAAACAUAACAGAAUUUAACUAAUCCAAAUUAAGAUCCCAAUCUCGGAAAUCGCAUCAGAUCGAGAAAAUUGUUCAUAUCAACAAUUAUUAAAUUCUUCUUUGCCGCUUUGCUAUUUUUACUGCUCAGUCUCCAGAUCUAAUAUCACCUGGAUGUUAUUUCCAUUUUCGUGCUUUUUCUAAUGUACCAUCUGAUUGA